AUGGCCGACAACACAGAGGGCGCCGGCGAUGCCCAGGUCACCUUCAAGGUGAAGACUGGCCAGGAUAGCAACCACACCAUCACCAUGGCCGAGUCUGCCACCGUGUUGGAACUCAAGACCAAGCUGGCCGGCGAAGAUUUCGAAAACGUUCCUGUCGAGCGCCAACGUCUUAUCUACUCUGGCCGCGUCAUGAAGAAUGACGACACCCUCGGCACCUACAAGAUCAAGCCCAACAACACCAUUCACAUGGUCAAGAGCGCCGCCAGCAACCCGGCACCUCAACCCGCCGCUGCUGCCUCGACACCCGCUGCCCCCGCUGUACCUUCCAACAUGGCUGCUGGCACCGCAAACAACAUCCUUGCUGGCCUGACCGGAGCCAGAUACGCCGGACACAUUAACCUGCCCAGUCGCGAGACCUUUGGAGCUGACGGAGGCAUGGGUGCCCCGCCGUCCGACGAUCAGCUCGCCCAGAUGCUUUCCGACCCUUCCAUGCUCCAGACCAUGAACGCCGCUCUCGACAACCCAGACUUUAUCAACUACAUGAUCCAGAGCAACCCUCACUUGCGCAAUGUGCCCAACGCCCGGGAGAUCAUUCAGUCGCCUUUCAUGCGCCAGAUGAUGACCAACCCGGACAUGCUCCGCAACGUCAUGAGAAUGCAGCGCAACAUGGCCGGAGGAGGCGGCAACGCUGCGUUCCCGGCGCCUGGCGCAACCGACACCACACCCGCUGAAGCCGCGGCCGCCGGCGCCGGCGCCAACGCCAAUAACGCAUCCCCGUUCGGUUUCCCCGGGGGUCUUCCAGGUAUGCCGGGUUUCGGCGGCAUGGAAGGAUUGGGCGAUCUUGGUGCGCUGUUUGGCCCGGGGAGCCCUUUUGCGCCUCAGCAACCCGGCGCCACUCCUGGUGCGGGCGCGGCGACCGGCGGUAACGCGCAGACUCCGGCAGGCUCUCCUGCUCCCCCGGACAACCGCCCUCCCGAAGAGCGCUAUGCUGAGCAAUUGCGCCAGCUCAACGACAUGGGCUUUUUCGACUUUGAUAGAAACGUGGCUGCCCUGCGCCGUAGUGGUGGUAGCGUGCAAGGCGCCAUCGAGCAUCUUCUCAGCGGCUGA